GUUCCCGGCCGGACCCGGACGCCUUGGGAAUCGGCUCCGCAUAACAUACGGUAAGUCAAUCUGACCUUUACGAGUACCGGUGGCCCUCUUGCCCCGUAUACGGGUAUCAUGCCACAGCACUGAUCCCCAUACCUUACUCGUACUCGAUUGACAGGCGCAGCCGAGCCGGAAGGGAUGGAUGGGCGGAUAACUCUUACAUUUCCAUCAUAACAACCCCUGGCCAAGCUUGGGCUGCUGUCGUGUGCUCCUUCUGACCUUCUGCUGCCAGUCCGAGCACAUAUCAUACCCCGGGUCCCUCUCCUGCUACGUCUCCCACUUCCCCCCCACCUUCUCCCCGAUUAACUGUUAUCACUACUAUUUGACUCCCUUUCAUCCCACCACCCUGCCUCAGCAGUGACACGAGCUUCACCUCCGGUGGUCUGGCUGUUUCCAACAUCAUUUGACCUCUUUGCCCUCUCCCAGCCUGUUCUUCGCGAAGGAGCCCUCACUGCCGACGCCCCCUCAACCGCAUGUAGGCCCCUUCGCCCACCAUGGCCCGUUCCAAUAUCUCCCGUCCGUCUUCAGCUUCGGCUGUGCUCGAUCGCGUUUCAGCUGUAUUCAUCGCUAUAACGAUGCUGGGUGUGGUCAUUCGCUAUUGCUGGUACGGUAAGAAUGCAAUCCCACGAACCCCCAUCACAUGAUAUCGGUCGGCAUCCCCUGAACUUGGUUUGCCUCGAUUCGGGCUCUGAUGUGUAGCUCGAACUUUGAGCCUAUAGAUGCAAAGGAUCCGUUCAAGUGCGGAGCCCUCCUCAAUGAUGGGGAGUGGCUUGAUUCGACUUUCAAUGGCACGAUCCCCAGCAACUGGCGGGUCCCGGGCUGCACGGUUCGAAAGUACGAUCCGAGGGAUAUCCGGUCCUGCCUUGCGGAACGUCGGGCUCUGUUCAUUGGGGAUAUGACCGUCCGGGAGAUAUUUUGGGCUACUGCUCGCUCCCUCGACCCGGAAGCCCGCCCACAGGCGGCUGGGGAGCAUAUCGAUAUCUCUGUUACCAAGGACGACGUCACAUUGAAAUUCAUCUGGGACCCCUAUCUCAAUUCUAGCGCUUUAGCCGCCGAGCUCGCCAGAUUCGGUGGCGGCGUGAGUUCUGGCUCUGCGGCAUUGGUUCUGAUGGGCUCGGGGUUGUGGUAUGCGAGGCACGAGAAUCUCAACGGGCUUAAGAAGUGGAAGGAUAACAUCGAUGAGGUUGUACAGUAUAUGAGGGAGGGUCGGACUAGUACGGACUUGGCAGGGUCCGAUAUUUUGUUGCUCUCCCCGGUCCUUGUCCCGCAGUACGACUGGCUCACCGAUGACCGGAGGGAAACCAUCACUCCCGAUAAAAUCGACUCCAUGAAUGCAUACUUAAAGCAGCUCUCCGCCUUCCAAGGAGUAGAUGUUUUUUGGGCAUUUGAUGAAAUGAUUAGGAAUCUCCCACAGGCUUACCAGAGCUCAGGCAUCCACAUUAAGGAAGAGGCUGCCGCCAAGCGGGCCGAAGCUCUUCUGAACUUGAGAUGCAAUGGAGAAAUCACCCGCUUCCCUUAUGAUGGGACUUGCUGUAACAAGUAUCAUCCCCCAAAUUACAUCCAAUGGCUGGCACUCGUGUUUGUUCUUGCUAUUCUUCCCGCAAUUAUAUAUGUGAGGCAUGGAGGUGUGAAAUCAAGCCCCUGGGGAGUUGCAUUUGGGUCGCUGACAAUAUCAUAGAUAACAAGGCCACACCUGCCUCCUUGAUUAGCCAAUUCAAGUGGCUUCCUUCAACUGAGAUAAUCCGUUUCUUGUUGAUAUUCGGGCUUGUUGUGAUUUAUUGCUUUUACGCAGACCGCACUCAGGUUUUUAGCAAAUCUCAGAAGCAAUUUUACAGUUCAGACAUGCUCUGGCUCUCCGUUGGGACCCUUCUCUUCGGAUUGGUGGCAAUUAGGAGGACAGCACCUGCCGCUACCUCGGAUCAGCCGUUUUUGAACCGGGAGCAGUGGUAUGAGUGGAAAGGGUUGCUCCUAGCUGCCAUGCUUGUAUGCAACUAUACUGGCGGAGUAGAGACUGUUAAGAUUAAUGCGGUUUAUCGGCUGUCGGUCACAGCGUAUCUCUUUCUGAACGGAUAUGGCUACUCCCUAUAUUUUCUCAGGAGUCAGGAUUACACGUUCAAACGAUGCAUGGCUGUCUUGAUUAGGCUCAAUCUCUUGAGCGCCAUUCUCCCGUAUAUGAUGGGGACCAACUAUGUUUUCUAUUUUCUUGCACCAUUGGCGACUUAUUGGUUCCUGAUUAUUUAUUUGACUUUGUGGAUUGGCGCAAGGCAUAACUCGAGUGUCAAAUUCUUGCUCGGGAAGAUUUUUGUUUGUGCUAUAUUUGCUAGGCUAUUACCGGGUAUACUGGAGAUCGCGUUCCCUAUUUUUGGGUCACAAUGGGAUAGCCCGGUAUGGAUGGGUUGCAUUGUCUCUGACCCGUGGAUGGUUUACGUUGGAAUGGUGGGCUCUAUCUUGUUCCUAAAAGCGAACGAAAACUCGUACACUUCUACUAGGUGGUUUCUCCUCGCUCGCCGAUAUGCGGUUGCUAUUUCAGCCCUUGCUGUACCGCUAUUUUGCUUGUUCCUGGCCUCGCUAGGGGAGGAUGACGAAUAUAGUACCUAUCACCCUUAUGUUUCAUUCAUCCCGAUACUGUCGUACCUAGCCCUCCGCAACGCCACCCCGCAGCUCCGGAACGCACAUUCAUAUACUCUCUCAUGGCUCGGGAAGUGUUCACUCGAAGCAUUCCCUCUACAAAACCAUAUCUGGAUGGCCGCGGACUCGAAAGGGCUCCUGGAACUUGGGGCCUUCGGGUCUUCCCAAAAGCUAACUGAUUUCGCUCUGGCAACUCUAUUGUUCCUAUACCUCAGCUAUUGCGCGGGGAGAGCGGCGGAGGUUUUGACCCCGUGGAUCAUGGGCAUCCAGCCCAUGGUGCGUAAAUCAGGUCUCCCGGUGACGAGUGACGAUCGGGAAGCCAAGGGAAGCGAGACACUGGACCAAAGCCAAGAUUAUGCCGACAUACAAAUGUUCCAGCUAGAAGCCACACGAAUAGAGGAAGGUGGUGCAGGAAUGAGUUCGAGCACAGGAGAAUCUCAGGAAAGCAGGUCUGGAGGAUUAUGGGCGGAUCAUAGGGUACGGGUCGUGGUGAUUGGUGCUGUCAUGUGGUUCGCAAGUCUUGUAAGUUGAGCUGCGAUUGGACAUUACACGCGAGAAGCUGAUUGAAUAUCGCACUAGACAACAUAACGAGGUAUGAAUUAGGAUAGAGGGGGUCAUUUCAUCUUUUCUAUGUCUAUUUUGUUUCUUUAUGAUAUCAUAAUUUCCUUUAGUUGACGGAUCGCACUACCGCAGACGGACCUAUAAUACUACAUAGGACGCUUUUUCCCCUUGUGUAUAUAAAAAUGGCCCCUUUUCCCGCACAUACACACUCUUGUUCCUACUUCUUUGUUAGAACAGCCUUAUAUUUUCCUGUCCAUUUCUACAGGUAUCACGUCCUCAUGGAGGCCCGCCGUCACCAUCAUCUUGGUUUCUUUUUGUCCGGCCGUUUUUGACGGGGAUAAGUGUAUAAACUAUUAUCGUGCGAUCGUACAUAAAAAAGAAGGGUCCAAAACAUAUCUUGUGGCGGAGGAGAUAACUACCAUGGGACGUGUCUACUUCGUCAUUGUGAUUUUGAUGGCACAAGAGCACUAGCCCGAGAACUUGUACAUGGUAAUUUUUUAACAUGCUCCCGUCCUUUCGGCAAUCAAGCCGUCGUCUCCCCUCGUGCAGUUGUGCUUGCGCAAAAGCUCACCAUCGUUGCAUGAUCAACAGUUAAGUUAUGGUCUAUCAACCAAGCGUAAGCAUCAAAUAUUCACGGUGAUCGUAAACCACC